GACGAUGCGUGGUUAUGGAAACGGCUCUGGAAAGCGUGUGCUGCCGUGAAAUGGAAGCCGCCGUGAAACAGCAGGAGCGUGGGUGCCUAACAACGCACAAGAAGUUUAGGAAAAUUUGUUUGGACGCAGAUGUGCUCCAGGUCACAUACCUUGAAUUGUCAACGACCUCACAGCUGGCCAAAGAGAAAAAACUUGAAGACGUGCAUAAAAAAUAUCGCUAUAUGGCAUAUCGGCUUUUCACAUGGUGGCUGUGGCAACGCUUGGGAAGCCAUCGAACAGUUUUGCCUGCCUGUGUGGUGGUGAAGAUACGCUCGACCUUUCCAUCUGCCACACAUACAGGAUUCAAGUACCCUCCUUUGUAG